UUGACUGGAAAUCACUAUUUCAUUUUUUUGAGGAUUUAUACAUGUCUAAACAAGUAUUGUUAAAUUAAUUUUUGCAAAACUUCCCUAUUUUGGCUCUUUUUGAAUAAAAGUGGGGGGAAUGUUGUGAUCGAGCAUUUUCUUUCCUUUACCUGGUCAGCUUUUCAUGGGCCAAGAUUUUUAUACUGAGUAUCAUACAAACACCAAUAUGUGAAUUCACCCCCUUAUUACCAUAGAAGCCUACAGGCAGCUAUCACCAUAGCAAUAUAUCAUCAUGGCUGAUGAUGACCAACCUGACCAUGAAAAUCCCAGUGAAACUGAUAAACAUAUCAAACUGGAUAGAGCAGCCAGUGCACUGUCCAACCAUAGAACUCAGCUAUACUUUGAUGUGGCGGAGACAUGCUGGCCUUUGAUCUACUGCUCAGAGUACAACAUUAGUUUCUGGGGCAUGGAGAAAGUGCAUCCAUUUGAUGCUGGGAAGUGGGGCAGAGUCUAUGAGUUUCUUAAAGAGGCAGGAAUGAUCAGGGAUGACACCACCGUACGGCCACGCGAAGCCUCUGCAGAUGAUCUGAUGAUUGUCCACCCCAAGAGAUAUCUGGACAGUCUGAAGCUUGCUACUAUUGUGGAUGGUAUUAUCACAGAGUGGAGCAUCACUGUGGCUGGAAUAACAGAGGUGCCACCAGUGGCACUGCUCCCCAACUUCCUUGUCCAACGCAAGGUACUGCGGCCAUUCAGGUACCAGACAGGAGGAUCUAUAUUGGCAGGCAAGUUGGCACUGGAAAGGGGCUGGGCUGUUAACAUCGGUGGCGGCUUUCACCACUGCUCAGCCAAUCAUGGCGGAGGCUUCUGUGCGUAUGCAGACAUCACGCUGGCGAUCAAGUUUGCAUUUGAGUACUGCGGAAUCAGCAAGGCCAUGAUUAUAGAUCUGGAUGCACAUCAGGGCAAUGGGCAUGAGAGAGACUUCAUGACAGAUGACAGGGUCUACAUUCUGGACAUUUACAACAGAGGAAUUUACCCACAUGAUGGGUAUGCUAAAAGAGGCAUUACAAGAAAAGUAGAACUUCAACAUUUUACUGAAGAUAGUCAGUACUUAGAAUUAGUUCGAAGACAUGUAGAAGGUGCACUGAAUGAGUUCACACCAGACUUGGUUGUGUACAAUGCUGGCACUGAUAUACUAGAUGGAGAUCCUCUGGGAAUGUUGUCCAUAUCUGCUCAGGGCAUCAUUGAACGUGACCAGAUAGUGUUCCAGAAAGUCAGAACCCGUUCUAUUCCCAUCAUGAUGGUGACCAGUGGCGGCUACCAGAGGUCCACUGCCAGGAUUAUAGCUGACUCUCUGCUCAACCUCAGGGCUGUGGACCUCAUCAGCAGUGAGGCUGCCGAAAAUGCCCCUCUGGUUGAUCCAGGGCCUCUUUCAUCGAAGGCUCUGCUGAAAAGCCGCAGCGAUGGAGAAGGAUGGUUUUCGAAGCUACGUCGUAACUGUGCUACGAGCACGCGUUCAUCCACGCAAGAAGACUUUGAUGAUCCCACAGAGCUAAAUGAAGGAGCAGAGACAGGCAUGCCUCGUGCCGUGAGCGAGGAUCUUGGCAGAAGGAACAGGAAAGACACAGAAAUAGAUUGAGAAUACUUUUGUGUACAUGUAUCAGUCAUCUUCAUUGGUUGUGUAUCAUUUGGAAUAUCUUUAGGGGAGGGAAGCAAGCAGAUGUAUUCAAUGCUAGCAGGUUAAAUAUCAAUCAGCAUUACCAUUUUACCUGCCAUUAUACUGUCUGAAAAGUGCACAUCUGUUGUGUGUCAUGGUAUUAUAUAAAAGUAUGAGAGCUGAGAAUGAGGAAAAGGGGAAGUCUGCAGGAUUAUAGCCGGUUAAUUUUUUCAGCCUUUUUAACCCUUUAACAAUUUGGCGUACAUGGAGAAUUAACAUUAACUUUUGCUUCAGAAAGGAUUUUUUUUUUGGUCAAAAGAAUGGUCUCUUCUAACCCACUGACCCCCCCUCUACCCUACCCGCAGGUCUAACCAGACAUGAGUAGUCUUCUGCAAUUUAGUUACUGCAUACACUGGGUAACCUAGAGUAAUCCCAGUCCCUUGUGACAACAUCAAAGUGCAUAAUAAACUAGUCUUCAAAGAAAUUGUCAUCCUCUAGCUGUAUGUUUUUCAUGUCAGGUGCACCAAACGAGCAUAUUUAAUUUAUCAAAAUGGAUGGGUAUAAUUAUGUGGCAACAGUGUUCCACCUGCAAUAAAAUGUGUGACUUCAUCAAGUUGGUGGGCAUAUCUCAGAUAAAUGAACAUUCGGAGAUACAUUUGACUGCAUGAUUUUAUGGUAACUGGGCUUGUUAGUGAUGUAAGUACUAUGAUCUAAAGUAAAGUUUAUAUCAUGAUUGUCAUGACAGAGUGUCUUU